GAACCGGCAGCGAGGCAGCCCCGGCUCCGGCUGCAGGGGAGGAGGCGGCUGCCGGCGCUCGCCCUCCGCCUUCCUCCAUCCCUGCAUCCCUCCCUCGCCAUGCCGAGCCCGCCCUGAGCCUCAGCCCCCCGGGCACCCGCCAUCCCCAGGGUGCCCAGAACCGCCAUCCUCCCAGGGCCCCGCCGGGGCCUUCAGCCUCGGCUUCCUCCCUCCCUCCUCCUCCUCCUCCUCCGCCUCCUCCUCCUCCCCCCACCCCGCAGCCACCACCCUCCCUCCCUCGCUCCUUCCCCGGGGCCUGGCAUGGAGGUGCUGGCCGCAGGGAGCCGGGCGCUUCCCUCGGGCCGCAUCCCUCCUUCCCCGCAUCCCUGUGCCCGCAUCCCCGGAGCUCCGCAUCCCCCCGGGCCGGCGCAGCCCUGAGCCGCCCGCAGCCUCCUCCUUUGUGCGGCGGAGCGGCUCCGGCCCCCACCCGCACCCCCGGCUCGGGGGCGGCCCGCGGGCGAGCGGGAGCGAUGCUGCCCUCGCCGGAGGAGCCCAGCGCGGGAGGACGGCGGCCAGAAGCAGCGCCCGGCACCGCUCGCUGCUGACAGCCCCCCAGGAUUGCGGGACCCCCCGUUCCAUCCCGGCCAUGUCCCAGCGGAGCCGCCGCUCCUCAGCCGGGGGCUCCCCGGGGACCCCCGCGCGUCCCCGCGGCCUCCGCGCCGCGCCAUGAGCGGGGUGCCGCGUGUCCCCUGAGCGGGGAGCAGAGCUGAGGGAUGGCCUCGCUGGACCUGCCGUACCGCUGUCCGCGCUGCGGGGAGCACAAGCGCUUCCGCAGCCUGUCCUCGCUGCGCGCACACCUGGAGUACAACCACACCUACGAGACCCUCUACGUGCUCUCCAAGACCAACAGCAUCUGCGAUGCCGCCGUGUUCCCGCUGGCCGCCGACGGGGCCCUGCUGACCCCGGCCGCCCGCAGGGACUACUUUGAGAGCACCUCCUUCCAGGGCAAGGACCAGCGCUUCUCCUGCGACCUGGUCCCCGCCGAGGAGCUGGAGCCGGCCCCGUCCUCGUCGCCCUCGCCCCGUUAUGUCCACGAGAUCGAGAUCCCUCUGAGCGAGAUCUUCACCCGGGGCAAGGCCGUGGCGCCCGCGCCCACAGCGCCGGCCGCCAUGGACGCGGCCUACGAGGAGGGCCUGGCCCGCCUGAAGAUCCGCGCCUUCGAGAAGCUGGAGGUGGACAAGAGGCUGGAGAAGCUGACGGAGGAGGUGGAGCAGAAGAUCGCCUCGCAGGUGGGCCGGCUCCAAGUGGAGCUGGACCGCAAGAGCUCGGAGCUGGAGAAGGCCAAGCAGGAGAGCCUGAGGUUGAGCCGGGAGAAGCAGGAGCUGGAGGACCGGGCGUCGGAGCUGUCCCGCCAGGUGGACGUCAGCGUGGAGAUGCUGGCCUCCCUCAAGCAGGACCUGGUGCAGAAGGAGCAGGAGCUCACCCGGAAGCAACAGGAGGUGCUGCAGAUUGACCAGUUCCUGAAGGAGACCGCGGCCCGCGAGGCCAACGCCAAGGUGCGGCUGCAGCAUUUCAUCGAGGAGCUGCUGGACCGCGCCGACCGCGCCGAGAAACAGCUCCAGAUCAUCAGCAGCAGCUGCGGCACCACCCCGAACGGGAGCCUGGGCCGCUGCGGGACCCCGGCCGGCAGGGCCAUCACCCGAGCGAGAGAGCGGCACCCGGGGCCGGCGGUGGCCGUGGCCGGUCCCUACGGCAACCAGCGCUCCUCCUCCAGCACCGGAGCCUCCAGCCGGCCCAAGGCCGUGUCGCAGAGCUCGGGCUGCUACGACAGCGACAGCGCGGAGCCGUGUCCCACCGACGACACCGCCGACGGUCACCCGUACCCGGGCCGGGGCUCGGGGCUCCGCCGCCAGGCCAUCCAGAACUGGCACCGCCGGCCCUACCGCAACAGCACCGAGGGCGAGGAGGGAGACGUGUCCGACGUGGGCUCCCGCACCACCGAGUCCGAGGCCGAGGGCUGGGAGCCGGAGGCGCCGGGAUCCGCCGCGUCCCGAGCCGCCGGCAGCUGCCGCCUGACGGUGGCCACCGAUGCCAGGCCCGAGGGGAGCAAGGUGUGCCGGCUGGAGCGGGGCAGCCCGGGCCACUCCAGCGAGGUCAUCAGCCCCGAGAUCCUCAAGAUGCGGGCGGCUCUCUUCUGCAUCUUCACCUACCUGGACACCAAGACCCUGCUGCGGGCGGCCGAGGUGUGCAAGGACUGGAAGUUCGUGGCUCGGCACCCGGCCGUGUGGACGCGGGUGCUGCUGGAGAACGCCAGGGUCUCCUCCAAGUUCCUGGCCAUGCUGUCCCAGUGGUGCACCCAGAUGCAUUCCCUCACCCUCCAAAACCUGAAGCCGCGCCAGCGGGGCAAGAAGGAGAGCAAGGAGGAUUACAUGAAGAGCACACGGGGAUGUCUGGAAGCGGGGCUGGAGUCGCUGCUGAAGGCGACAGGCAGCAAUCUGCUGAUCCUGCGCAUCUCCCACUGCCCCAACGUGCUGACCGACCGCUCGCUCUGGCUGGCCAGCUGCUACUGCCGCGCCCUGCAGGCUGUCACCUACCGGAGCUCCACAGACCCCGUGGGCCAUGAAGUCAUCUGGGCCCUUGGAGCAGGCUGCAGGGACAUCAUCUCCCUCCAGGUCGCACCUCUGCAUCCCUGCCAGCAGCCGACGCGCUUCAGCAACCGCUGCCUGCAGAUGAUCGGGCGCUGCUGGCCCCACCUGCGGGCGCUCGGCGUCGGAGGGGCCGGCUGUGGUGUGCAGGGCCUGGCGUCCCUAGCCCGGAACUGCAUGAGGCUGCAGGUGCUGGAGCUGGACCAUGUGGCCGAGAUCAACCAGGAGGUGGCUGCUGAGAUGUGCCGGGAGGGGCUGAAGGGGCUGGAGAUGCUGGUGCUGACGUCCACCCCCGUGACCCCCAAGGCCCUGCUGCACUUCAACAGUGAGUGA